AUGGUGGGGCUGGGGCUGGCGGGUGAAGCUCUCCCUGCCCUGCUUUCCCCUGCAGAGCUGGGGGCGGCUGUCUGCGAGUUCUUCCACCGAGGGCUGUGCACCAAGGGCGUGCGAUGCCCCUUCCGGCACGUCGCCGGGGAGAAGACGGUGGUGUGCAAGCACUGGCUGCGCGGGCUCUGCAAGAAAGGUGACGGGUGCGACUUCCUGCACGAGUACGACGCGACCAAGAUGCCAGAGUGCUAUUUCUACUCCAAGUUCGGCGAGUGCAGCAACAAGGACUGUCCCUUCCUGCACAUUGAUGCCACCACCAGCACCGUGGGCUGUCCCUGGUACGACCGUGGAUUCUGCAGGCACGGUCCCCUGUGCAAGUACAAGCACACGCGGAGGGUGAUGUGUGCCAACUACCUCGUCGGCUUCUGCCCAGAAGGACCCAAGUGCAAAUUCAUGCACCUCAAGGCCGGGCUGAUGACGAGCAGCAAGGAUCCAUCCAAGAGCCUGCCCAAACAAGGCAUCUGCUUCAAGUGCAGACAGAAAGGUCACUACGCCAGCGAGUGUGAGAAGACUCAGCUGGAAAUCCUGCUGGGGAAGUGA